AUGUUAUUAUUAUUGUAUGGACGUUUAUUUGUAGAAUUCAACAACGAAACGCCAAAACAUAAUUCAGCCAACAAACUCAAGUCGAAUAAAUAUUCAAAUAGAAACAACACAUCAAUAUUAACCGACCAUCAUUUGAAUACGGACAAAAACGAUAUUGGAUUGAUAGCCAACUUGCGGACGUGUCAAACACAUAAGGCGGCGUAUUUAAGCAUAGCAAAACGUGUCAACAGCGUCUCUCCCUUCGUUAAAGUCGCCUAUCCUGAUUGGAUAGGGUUCAAUAACGACGAGCAACCGAUGGAGUCCUUGUACAAUAGUGACGUACACGUUUCCCGCAACAAAUUGUUAUCGUGCUUAGAGCGUAGCGUGUCCAAACGACGAGACUCUGGCGAUAUGAUCGUGUACGAUUUAGAUUAUUUAUUGGAAAGUGUUCAAGACGCUUGCAUUUCUCAACAGCAAUUAUCAAAUUACGAUGAGCGAAAUUUAGGCGCAAAAUCGGGGUUCGAUCACUUACACUUUGAGUCUCGUUUCGAAUGUGGAAAUCUUCGGAAAGCUAUCAAGAUUGGUCCCAACGAGUAUGAUUUGAUUUUGAAUUCUGACGUAAAUUCAAUGUCACAUAGCCAAUGGUUUUACUUUCAAGUAUCCAAUAUGGAGGCGGCCAAGCCAUACGUAUUUAAUAUAGUGAACAUGGAGAAACACAACUCUCAGUAUAAAACUGGCAUGCAGCCGAUCAUGUUUUCGGUGAAGGACUAUGCCGAGUUCAAGAAAGGCUGGACACGCACCGGGAUGGACAUUUGUUACUAUCGGAAUUGUUACAAGAACUGCAACAAGUCUCACGGCUCUUACAUGACCGCUACUUUUUCAAUUCAAUUUCCACACGACAGAGACAUAUGUUACAUAGCAUACGUUUAUCCGUAUACAUAUUCAAAGUUGUUGUACAAAUGCUUCAGAUGGAAAAACUCAGUCGAUCCGGCUACUACAUUAUUCCGAGCAAACUGUUUGUGUCGAUCAUUGAAUAACAACGAAGUGCCAAUUAUCACGAUUACAUCUGUCGAAAACAACGAAAAAAAAAUUAAAGAUCGACAUAUUAUAUACUUGACAUCUCGUGUGCAUCCCGGCGAGACAAGUUCGUCUUGGGUAAUCGACGGUGUGAUCGACUACCUUUGUGGAAGCACACUCACAGCCAAAAAGGCACGGGACACCUACGUUUUUAAGAUUGUGCCUAUGCUCAACAUAGAAGGCGUCAUCAACGGAUGGUAA